AAUCAAAAAGUAGGAGAGAAACGUGGAAGGAGCCUUGGAGGAGUCAGGAAGAAACUAAAGUAAGUUGCUUACUUUCUUAGACCCCUCUCUUCGGUACCCUUCUGUUUCGGCCUUGAUUGUCAGUCCUUCUGGUUAUUUUAUGGAUAGCUUAGGACGUAGCGGAGAUAACCCAUCUUCAGGACCAACAUGGCCGAAGUUACAACAAUUCCUGGUCUCUUCGGACUCCCAGAUGCUGCACGACUGGCAAUUGAUCCAGGAGAGAAGUGCUGCUUUCAUAGACAGUACGAAGUCUGCACAGCAACUCGCUGUUGGAAGUGAUGCUGGAAUGCAAAACAAAGAGAACGGACAACUCGUGGAGAGAAUUAAUCAUAAAUUAGGGGGCGAAGGAUUAUCAAGAAACAACGCUGGCUUACUGGACAGCACCUCCACCAAAUCGAAUGUUCAUGAACAGAUGCAGGCGUCGCAAGGAAUGCCUCCGAAUGUUCUCACAUCCCACGCUCCUGAAGGACACAGUAAACUCCCUUCUGGCACAUUGGCCAAUACAUACUCUCGUUUCACCGAUGCCUCUUUCCUGCCAGGAGGUGCUGCAACAAAGGCCCGUGCCACGUGGGGACCACCCGUAGCCUUCGACAUGAUGCAGCAAACCGAAGGAAACGAUGGAGGCUAUGCACAGACUAGAUCUGGUGCUCAUCCCUCUUUACAAGAGCACAACAGUACACGCCCACCUUCAGAUGCAGCCAGUUAUGAUCCAGAAAGAAAACAGCAGAUGGAAUCGCAUGCACCUGCUGCCUUGGAUGGCAAGGAUUACCAUUCAGGUGGUAACUCAAUGCAAGUGUCUGAGAGAGAAUCAUCCAUGAGUGACAAGGCUGUGCCAUCCGUAGAAUACGAUGAGAAGCCAAUCAAGCCGCUCGGAGACCCACAUGCUUCAUUUGAAGCUAUACUGCUGAAGAAGUUGCAAGAUGAGUCCGAAGUGCCUGUUGCAAAGCCGCCAGUGGCUUCGAACCGCAGCUUCUUGCGCCGCGGACAAGGUCUUGCUCGCUUUUCUUCCUCCAAGAAAACAGAUGGCUCUGUUGGUAUUGCAAAGACACAGUCAACAGCGUGCCAGGACACAUCUGUUCCAAGCCGUGUAACUUCUACAAUGGCACGAGUGUCGGGCCCUGCGGCAUCCGUCUCAUCCAGCAAAGGUGAAGCUGCCCGGUCGUUGGGUCAGGCCACGGUACGCACCUCUGUGGCGAACCCAACAAAUCAGAUUAGCAGCUCCAUGUCGUCUGCUUUCUCCUCCGUGGCCAAAUCUUUGCGCGACGACCCGAAAAUGACCAGCAGCAGGACUGUAUUGCACCUACGAGAUCCAUCGCAACGUCAGCCUCACCCGACGAGCACUGCAAAGCAGUUUGACUCGCGGCAGCCCCAGGUUGUGCCGCGAGCCGAACCACCGGAAAGACCGGAAGCGCCAGCAGUCCAGGGCAACCGUACUAGCUCACCUUUGGCCGUGCCACUGGCUGACGUUUUGGAUGACACAGAGCUGGAGGACCUCGAAGAGUUCGAAAUGCUGGAGCAAGCUGCAGAUGAGCAUAGCUUCUCGUCUCAGUCAUCGCUCGUGCAAGGCGUGCUGAAGCGCGCCGCUGCGAAAGACAAUCGUCGCGACAGUGAUGCCACACUAGUGCCAGAUCGUGGCUGUGUCUCUGACAGUGGCCUGUCUAAGGACAGAAGCAGAGCUAUUCCAUGGUCGAGACCUCUCAACACAAUCCACCACAGGCCGAGCCCUGCUUUCCACUCUCCGAGGCCAGUCAGCGGGAGUGGUGAUGUCGGUAGAGUCCCUAGCACUCACCCUGAUGACGCUGCAAUGUCUGCGGCAUCUCGCUUUAUGCCCGUUCAAAGUACAGGUGAGGUUACCUCUGCCGUCAUAACAACGGUUUCAUCAACCAUUACAUCAUUGACUAAUCAGAGAUCCACUCAACAGCCACACUCAACUGUCUAUGAGAAGUGGCUUGAAUCGUUACGUAGUCAGCAGCAAGGUGCAAUACUACAAAAUAACACGGCUCGCGCAUCUGCUGCUGCUGCUGUGUCUAGAGGGUCUUCACUGUCGAUCACCCAUCACCAGCACACCAGCGGAGACACAGCACAGCGUGCGAGCCAGGGAGUACAGCCGCAGCCAAGCCACCGUGUUUACGUUGCCGAUCUAGUUGCCGAAACGGCCAGCAAUUCCGAUGUCAGUCACGAGGAGAGCGAUGGCACUCUCCACGACUCCAUCUCGCCUGUAAACUAUGGAGACGACACCACCUGGGAGGACAGUACGGUCAAUGUUUCUGAUGUUCUUGUUCAUCAGCCGGGCCAGGCUGAUGAUAGCCUUUCUCAGGAGGAGCAUGAUGGUCCUGCGAGAGUGUCUGCACUACCGCCUGCUCACUAUCAGCAUGUUCUCUACCCUCAAUCAAACAUUCCGGACGUAACUGAGACCUCUGGUCGUGGCAAAACUGCAGACUUCACACCGGACCUUGCUCUCGUGAAUCAAGCUCAGAAACCAGCGCGCCAAUCCGCUGUCUUUCAGGAGCAAGUCAUCGACUCGGAUGCAGAUGCCAGCUCGCAACCCUCCCACCUGAUGAUGAAGAUGUUCCCUGCUCUCAGGCCCAAGCCUGCUGUGUCACCUGCUCCAACAGCGCCCGCCAAGGCAGCCGCUGCCGCACAAGCAACCACAAGCGAAGCUGUACGCCACAGAUCUCCUCCGCGUGCUGAAGCACAAUCCACUUCAGCACCAGCUGCAGAGAAGCUCAAAGAGCUUGAGGCGCACGUGGAGGGUUUGCUGGCUGUGCGCAUGCAAGCUGAACGUAAACAGCUGCAGCUUGCUGUCGCUGAGUUUGAGAAGCAACGUGAUGCUGAGUUUGUCAACCUGGAGAAUGAAUGGAAGAAACUGAGGCUUGAGAAGCGAGCAUUCCAGGAAGAACAACGGCGCUCUGCUACCGUCUCCACAAACAAGUCUGCAGAAGUGAAUCGUUUGCGAGAAGAGAUCAGUGAUUUGCAACAGCAACUGAAUGCAUCGCAAAGCCGCGAGACACGGCUUCAGACAGCGGUGGCACGGUCGAAGAGCCGCAGUGACUGUUUGGAAAAGGACAACGAGGAAUUGUUGGCGGAGAACAGUGUGCUCACGAGGAAGCUCUUGGAAGCUGAGGAGCGCUUGCUGAAGGCUGCAUCCAGUCAGCAUGAAAACCUGUCACCGGUGUUAGCUGGAUCUGUGCCAUCAGCAACAAUCGGUUCAAAGCCUAAGAUGUCAAUGGUAACAGCAUCUGUGGGACGGAAGCCUCUCUUAUCCAAACCUGGUGCAAAGAAACCCAUUACCAAUCAAGGCAAGGUGCUCUCGACUAAUCCACCUCCACGGGCUGAUGUACCGAUUAGAUCAGCUACUAGUGCUGUCCAGGAUGCUAGGAGUGGACCUUCACAACACACUACUAAGUCGCUUGAGUCGUCGCAUUUGCCACCAAGCGAUCGUGCUACACUUCCGCAGGCUCCCAGGCAAGAUCACUUGGCGAAGGAGCCGGUGCCACCGCAGCAGCAUCAGCAUGCCAAGCAGUUCUUUGAUUCGGAGCUGCUCUUGUCUGAUGAGGAUCUAUCGGACAGUGGUGAGAAUGCGUUCAGCGGCGACUCGCAACUGGCUCUCGCUGAUAACAUUACCACUCCUGCUGGACAAGAAUGUACGGCUGUGGUUGCUGCUGGCGCUUCCUCACUGGAACGCUUGCAUGAAGACGCCGAUGUAAGUGAGACGCCGGCAGAAAGGCUCCAUCCAGCGCCUGUACAGUUUGGUGGCACAACCGACCUGCCUUCCAUGGACCCACAUGAUACUCAGCCAGCCGGCGUUGCCUUACCUGCUGAACUUCCAGACCAGCCCCAAAAGGUCGAGACUGUACUGGAAGAUGGAUCGCGGCAGAUUCUAUUCCCAGACGGCACGCGUAAAGAUGUGUCUGCAGAUGGCCAGUCGGUGGUUGUGUCCUUUUUCAAUGGCGAUAUCAAACAGAUUUGUCCAGACAAGAGAGUGGUCUAUUAUUAUGCGGCUAACCGUACGACGCACACCACAUAUCAGAAUGGCGUUGAAGUCAUCGAGUUUGAAAAUGAACAAUCUGAGACUCACUAUCCAGAUGGAACGAAGGAGGUUCGCUUUGCGGACGGCACCAUGACAUACCUCUUCCCCGACGGCUCUGAGAGGACAGUGCUCCCGGAUGGUACGGUCCACCAGGCGCAUCUGGAUGGCGAACACGUUAUUGAGUUCCCUAAUGGCCAGCGGGAAAUUCACACAGAUCAAUUCAAGCGACGCGAGUGUCCAGACGGCACCGUGAAAACCGUCUACCCCGACGGCAAGCAGGAGACGCGCUACGCAUCUGGCCGAGUGCGCGUCAAGGAUGCCAGUGGUGCAGUCGUGCUCGACACUGGCCAAGCCAUGCCGGCGUCAACAAAGACUGCUGCUUCGGUUCCCACCGAGUCUCCCACCACUCCAAGUAGCUGGACGUGAUGCACACUCUCUUGGAACAGCACCUUUUGCCUGAUUGAGAUUGCAGACUACAGGGACUCUUGACCGUCAAACUGCUUGUCAUUGGAAUGGUACAUAUUUUAUUGGCUGCGUCGAGCCAGGCAGCAAACUUUAAAAAUUACACUCAUGAAACUCACCCAACCUGUAGGAUAUUUUCAUAUUGUCUCACUCUGCCGGCCAGGUGAUCUUAUACGUUAUUGUAUUCUCUAAGUAGAUUAUGUGCCCCCCCCCCCCCCGACCAUAUUUGACUGACACGAGUGUUACUCAUCUGUUAGCGUUCUUGUCGACAACUAUUUUUGAAUAUUUUGAACAUACUAGUAAUGGAACUUCUGGCCUUCAAUUCUAUUAUCUUUGACAAUUUCACUCUAUUGGAUCAUGUACGCUGCACUUGACAGUGGAUGUUCAUCCAGGGCAGUAUAGUUGGUGCCUUGCACGGAAAUUAUACAUCUUGUAUCUAA